UAGCCUCAUCAUUCGCUUGAGUCGCCGGCGAUUCCAGAAACCUGAACGAUUGCAGCCACCUCCCAAGUUCUUCGUGUAUUCUCUUUUCGUCCUCAAUCUUGAUUAAUCUAAUCUGCGCAGAGAUUAAACGUAUUAUUGUUAGUCUUCGUUGAAGAGAUUCAAGAUUUGAAUUUGUGGUAUCUGGAUGAUUUAAUGGAGUCUAAAGGUGGGAAGAAGAAGUCUAGUAGUAGUAGUAAAUCAUUAUUCUACGAAGCUCCCCUUGGUUACAGCAUUGAAGACGUCAGGCCAAACGGUGGAAUCAGGAAGUUCAGAUCUGCUGCAUACUCCAACUGCGCUCGCAAGCCAUCUUGAUAUUCCUAAUUAGCGAACCCAUUAGGACCACAUUUAGUGGUCAACCAGUCAUUAGUUUUCCAUAUUUCGUUUUAGGAUAGUCUUCAAUCGUCUUCUUCCUCUUUUGGCUCUCUUCGCGACUGCAAUUUUUUUAGGACUGUGAACUCUUCACUUAGCAACUGCUAAACGCGUUUCCAACUAUAAUUGCAUCUGAUGGUCGACAUGGCCAUGGUAGUGUCUGCAAUUGGAUUUGAAGGUUUUGAAAAGAGGCUGGAAAUAUCAUUUUUCGAGCCAAGCAUCUUUGUUGAUCCUGAAGGCAAGGGCCUUCAACUGCUGUCAAAAGAGCAGCUGGAUGAGAUACUAGGACCUGCUCAGUGCACCAUUGUGUCUUCUCUGUCAAAUGAGCAUGUUGACUCCUAUGUCCUUUCUGAGUCCAGCCUCUUUGUUUAUCCUUACAAGAUCAUCAUCAAAACCUGCGGGACUACUAAGUUACUGCUGUCAAUCCCACCCAUCCUUAGGUUGGCUGGCACUCUGUCCCUUGCCGUGAAAUCUGUGAGGUAUACCCGUGGGAGCUUUAUAUUUCCAGGAGCACAGUCAUAUCCUCACCGUAACUUCUCUGAAGAAGUUGCUGUCCUUGAUAGCUACUUUGGCAAGCUCGGUUCUGGUAGUAAGGCUUACAUAAUGGGUGGUUUGAAUAAGCCACAGAAAUGGCAUUUUUACUCUGCUUCUGCUGAAUCAGUAACCUACUCUGACCCUGUUUACACUCUGGAGAUGUGCAUGACUGGUUUGGACAGGGAAAUGGCUUCAGUUUUCUACAAAGAACAAUCAGGUUCUGCUGUUACAAUGACCAUUAAUUCUGGGAUAAGAGAGAUUCUGCCUGAUUCAGAGAUAUGUGAUUUCGAGUUUGAUCCCUGUGGUUAUUCCAUGAAUGCAAUUGAAGGAGCCGCAAUUUCGACCAUUCAUGUUACCCCAGAAGAUGGUUUCAGUUAUGCAAGCUUUGAAGCAGUAGGAUACGAUCCAAAAGAUGUGAAUCUGGAGCAGCUGGUUGAGAGGGUGUUGGUUUGUUUCAAACCAAGUGAGUUUUCUAUUGCGGUGCAUGCUGAUGUUGCAAGCAAGUCACUUGAGCAGACCUGUCUGCUGGAUGUGAAAGGUUACUGUUGCGGAGAGAGAAGCCUUGAAGAGCUUGGAAUGGGCAGUUCUAUCAUCUACCAGAAGUUCGUUAGGACUGGGAACUGUGGAUCACCCAGGUCAACUCUGCGAUGCUGCUGGAAAGAGGAAGAAGAGGAAGAAGAUUAGUUCAUUUAAUAAACUAUUUCAAUUGAAUAAAGUGCUUCUCAGGCAUUGCCUGAUUAUAGCAUUGUUGUGUCUCUUAAUUGUGUCAAGUAUUCUGUUAUGAGAGUGAUUGGUAUUUGUCAUUGUGUCCAAAACUUUAUUUCCGUUUAAUUCGAGUUCUAUAAUAAUAAUGUUGAUUUUUA